AUGGUUAGUUAUUACUCUGAGACACACUAUUAUACUGUGUCAUCCCCUACAAAAAACUCCGAGGAUCAUCCAUUUACAAUAUUUACCACCACAAGGCAACAACAACCACAAAUUGAUGACAGAGAUCACGAGCUAUCUCGGAUUCUUUUCUAUACACAUGCCCAGAAUGAAUUAACUGAUACCACAAAGGAAUUAACAGAUUUGUUAGAUCAAUUGGUUACCUAUAGGGACACACCAUCAACGAUAUCUACUACUCAAACUUAUUUACCUGGAACUAUGGUGAAGUUGAUGCAAAGUAGAGAAAAAGCUAAACGGAUAUAUAGAACUGCCUUGAGUCAUACAUUUGAAGAUGAAAUGGAAUGGAAUCAUUUAGAAAAGUUAUUUAAUGAUUUACAAGAGGAAUUAUUCAGAACUGAUGAAUUUUUAUCUUUGCACCCAGGUAGAGGGAUGUACCAUUAA